CGAUGGAGUCAUCUGGGUUCUGAGGUUGUUCACAUACCUGAAUGGCCGUAGUUUGUAGUAUUCGAGAAUGGAGUCAGCUCACAUUGAACUGGGUAAAGUCAGUCAGUGUCGCUGUAGACUCGAAGGGAGACGGACGUUUCGCGUUUAGUGAUUCCGUAGCCGGCAUUUCGUGAGUGCGUAAUGAAAGUGCCACAUAUUAAUCUUACUGAGUGAAGUUUAGGACCAUGUGCUUGUAAUUUCGUAGUGCUGUGCCGCAACAUUUUUUAAUUUGGAUUUUAAAAGAUAAAUACAAUGUGGUCUGGCAAGAAGUCGGAGACCGGAACAGCCGGGACUCCUACGGCUGAAGAGGAGAUCAAAAUCGUUCUAGUGGGGGACACCCAGUGCGGGAAGACUACGCUCGUACAACGAUUUGUGACCGACACUUUUAUUGACUCAUACACUCCGACUGGUUUCGAGAAAUAUGGAUACACGAGUACAGUCGCCGACUAUAGAGUGAAUUUCUCUGUUUGGGACACAUCUGGGACAACAGCAUACGACACGGUGCGACCAUUGGCGUACCAAGACGCGAAAAUUUUUAUGCUGUGCUUCAAUAUAGCUGAACCGGAGACAUUGCAUAGUGCUGCUGCUAAGUGGUACACAGAAGUCCGCACCCACGGCGGCACGGCGCCAGUCCUGCUCUGCGGCUGCAAGGCCGACCUGAGACAUGACAAGGAGACACUCACCAUGCUCUCCAAGCUGAAGGCACACCCCGUCACCAGCGAAGAGGCGUUAUCAGUAGCCAGACAGCUCGGAGCGACGACGUACGUGGAGACAUCAGCACGAGUCUCGAGCAAAGGAGUCAAGGAUGCCUUCGAGGUGGCCGCUCUUGCUGCUUUGGGAAAACUUAACAAACAACAGAUGAAGCAGCAGAAGCAAGUGGGACGCAGCAAAAGCAAACGCGACUUGAAAGCCGAGCUGAAAGGACGUGCGAAGAGCUGCUGCGUCAUGUGAUCCGUGGCCGGCCACCCAUCGCGGUGGCCGCACGACUGCUAGGUGACCACCGCCCUUAUAACAUUCUGCAAAAAAACCAUAAUUAACCAAACUUCGGAAUUUUCGAAAAAAAGAUGGGCCUAAUUUAGCACCUUGCUAGAUCCCCACCGGAAAUUAUUGCUGCUGCAACUAUUCCGAAGAUAUGAAAAUAUUUCUUCACAGUUAUGCAGUAUUUUUAUGAUAUCGAGAAAAAGUGAUUGCGAAAUUGUAAUAAAUAUUAAUACGAUUUGAUUAUCGAGUGGAGUGUACAGUGUCGAAAGCGUUAUUAAACUUUGAAAUGAACGGUAUUUUAGUUUAUUAAAUAAGUGGAAGUGGAACAGAGUUCGAAAGAGGUUGGAUCGUUUUUGGACUUCCUAAGGUAUCCGUGAAACAAAGGUGCAAUGUAAAUGACCCCCAGGGUUAGAGCGUAAGCCUGUGAUAAUAUUAAAAUAAAAAGAAAAUAAAGGGGCAUAGAAGUGUUUAGAUAACGAAAUUAGGAAGGCCGUUAGACGCUCAUAUUCCAAAAAAUAUCAUUCGACAUGAAAUAUAAUAAUUGGUAUUUACAGCGUAUUCAAUUUAAAUUGUAAAAAUUCAUAUAAAGUAGAGAAAAAUGAGUGUUUUCAUAUACAUAAAAUUACAUUUUAAAAUACUUGGUGUUUUUUCUAUAACCGUAGCGUUUUCAAAUUAACAUAUAAAAUAUUGAAAGUGCUCCAAUGUUUUAUGUAGGACCAAUGUUUGUUUUAAUUUACUAAAAAUACGAAGCUUGCGUUGCGUAGGGUAUAAUGGGGAUUAAAAUUAACGCCUUGUUUGUGUGGUUAAAAGCUACAAAGUUUCCUUUGUGAUAUGAUUACAUACGUAAAAUGUAAUUAAAAAUAAAUGCACAAUUAUGGACAAUACUAAAUUACGGAGGUCCAUUUGCUAGUUAGUUCCACGUCCAUAGCAAAUGUAUAGGAGUUAGGUUUUUUACAAUUUUAAAUGUGAAAAUCAAUGUUGCUUGAUUCCUUGCUAGUGUUGUAAGAUGUUAUAAAUAUGAUUUUUUUUAAGUCGUUUGUAUUUAUUUUUACAGUUCCUAAGUGUUUGAAGUUAAUUAAAAAGAAAUUGCUUUACUUUUUGAAGUUUACACAAAGAAUUCAUUGACUAAAACUAUUUCAGCUUUUAAUUUAAAUAUUGUUAUAUUUGCAAUAGAAUUAAAAGUAAAGUUUUUUCAAAUCCAUCUAAGAAUGAAUUAGACAUAAUUCAUCGAUAAAAUGUUAGUUGUAUUUAUUUAAAAAUGUUUAUUAAACUUAUUAUAAGUCGAUAUCAAGCUUUAAAUUCAAUGUUAGCUUUAAUUAUUGAGUAACGUUAUUAUUGUAAUAUUAUGAAAAUUAAAAAGUUGUAAUAAAAAUAUAUUUCACUUCAACAUUUAAAUUAUUAUUUGUAACUCUUUCACAUAUCAAAGUAAGGUUUUUUUUUUAAUUUUAAAUUAUAGAUUAAGUUAACUUGUCUUCAACGAUGAUAAUUUUUUAAAAGCAAGUGUAUUAGUAAUGAAAAAUGUUUUAACUUUAGAAUUGUUAAUUCAAUACUAGGCCACUUUGAAUGUUGUUUCUAGAUUAUUGAAUAUAGCGUUCUGUGUUUUU